ACCAACGCUACCUUAUCUCGAAGAAGUGGUUCGUUCAAUAUUCUCCUGUUUACAAAAUCAUGAGUUCCUGUUCGAUCACUUUCUCGGCUGUAACAUCACGCGUAUCAUGUCAGAGCCUCAACAGUCACAGCCAUCUCAAGAUGAACAGCCAAACGAGAAGGUGUCUGUGGGCGCACGCCUCCAGCCCGUUGACACGGGUGCAUCGUACGAGCCUCCACCGAUGAAGACACUUCAGCGUCGUCUUGUUGUUCUGUCACUUUGUUUGACGCUGUUCCUUUGUGCGUUGGAUACUACUAUCUUGGCGACCGCGCUUCCCACCAUUGGUAAAGAACUUGAUGUAUCAGCUCGCGAAUAUGCUUGGAUUGGCUCCUCAUACACUCUGUCCACGACGGCGGUGACGCCAGUUUGGGCAAAGGUGUCUGACAUCGUCGGUCGCAAGGCCAGUAUGAUGACUUCCACUGGCCUUUUCAUGGCUGGAAGUCUCAUCUGUGCUUUGGCAAGCUCAAGCGGCAUGUUAAUUGGAGGACGAACUGUUCAGGGCCUUGGGGGCGGCGGCUGUAUGGUGCUAAUAACUAUUCUGAUCGGAGAUCUGUUUCCUCUGAAGGAUCGUGCCAAAUACUAUGGCAUAACAGGAAUAGUGUUUGGCGUGGCUGGAGCCAUUGGACCCGUACUGGGUGGUGUCUUCUCUCAGACAGUGACAUGGAGAUGGUGUUUCUACAUCAACUUACCCUUCGAGGGUAUCGCACUCAUCGGACUGUUCUUCUUGCUCAAGGUCGACAUCGAGAAAGAACCGCUUGUCGAUGGGCUUCGCAGCCUCGACUGGCCUGGCUUUGCUUUCAUUAUUGGCGGCACCAUUUGCUUCCUUUACGGGCUUGAAGCUGGCUCAGGUGGACUCGCACCCUGGAACUCUGCUUUCGUUAUCUGCCUUUUGGUCUUUGGAGUCGUCAUCUUGGCUCUCUUCAUGGUCUGGGAAGCAAAUUUUGCCAAAAAUCCCAUCAUUCCUAUCAGAAUCUUCCAGAACACCACGAACAUCGCCGCUUUCGCCGUCGCCAACCUUCACUCGUUCAUCUUCAUCGCUUGCGACUACUUCUUGCCUCUGUAUUUCCAAGUAGUUCUGGGCUUUUCACCGAUCAUAUCUGGAGUCACGCUUUUCCCUCUGAUCCUCCCGAUGUCUAUCUCAACCGGCGUUGGAGGUCUAAUCGUGAGAAAAACCGGCGACUACAAGCUUAUUAUCUUGGUUGGUGCCGCACUGAUGACUUUGGGAAUUGGUCUGUUCAUUAGCCUUGGUCAGCGCAAGGAAUGGCCGAAACUAGUCAUCGCCGAGGUCAUCGCAGGUCUUGGCUGCGGUGUGCUCUUCCAGAACCCUAUGAUCGCUCUCCAAACGCACGUCCGCCAGAGAGAUAUGGCGGCGACUAUGUCAGCAUACACUUUCAUGCGUGGUCUUUUUGUCUCAAUAUCAAUUGUUGUUGGAACGGUUUUGAUCCAGCGUACUGUUCACGGUGGUAACUUGACUGCUGUGUCUAGUGAUAAGGCGCAGGGUGAGACUGACAAGCAUGGGUAUGUCAGCGGUUUACGGGUUAUGUGGGCAUUCUAUACUGCUCUGUGUGGACUGAUGCUUAUCUCGGCUGUUUUCAUCAAACCAAAGCCAGUAAAGGUAGAGGAAAUCAGUAGUGAGGCAGCAAGUGAGGCUCAGCAGAGCGAUAAGUGUUGAUGCACUGGAGAACCAAGUCCAGACAAAGAUAUGUAUUAGCGAAACCACCUAGAGGGUAAACAGGAUCGAGGUGAGGUUAAAUACAAUAGAAGGAUAUUUCCACCAUCUGCAUGCUUCCAAUCUUUCCAAAUGAUGUGUUCGCUGAUAGUGACCCCAGGGAGACGCGGUUUCAGCAAAAAUAUUUAGCAUCAAGCGAGACGACAGCAAAAAAAACGUGGUUCCGCCCGGGAUCGAACCGGGGACCUUCUCGGUGUUAACGAGAUGCCAUAACCAACUAGACCACGG